AUGGACAAUGAUGAGGAUGAUGAUGGAAACUUUGCCAAGUGGAUGAGCAGUUACUGGGGUCACAGUGCCAGCGAGGAGCCGGGGAAGGAGAGGAAGCAUAGCUUCCGGAGGCAGAGCCGGCCUCAGCGGGACAGGCGGGCCUCUCUGCCCUGUUCGGCCCAGCUUGACACUCUGCAGCUGAACUAUCUCCACAGUGCCACUAUGGCACCCACUCCAGUACCUCUGAAGCUCAGGGAUGACACAGAGUCGAGAGCGAAUCCACGGGACCGCCGGGUCUCUUCCGUUGAGGCUUCGAAGCAUCCGCAAACAGAAAACCACACGAUACCGACCAUCCCUGAGCUCUCUGAGACCUUUGAGAAGAAGCUGCGCUUUCGAAGCAGAAAUAGCGAUGCUGACAAUGUGUGUCUCAUCUGCCACAAUGAAAUGCGAAAUGAUGGUGGUGCGGUCCGAGAGCUACACUGUUCGCAUCGCUUCCACAGAGAGUGCAUUGAGCGAUGGCUGUGGAAGGAACAGUUAUGUCCCACCUGCAGCGUCCACGUAGCCAUGCCCGAGCCCCUGUACUGGUCCUCCACGCACCUCAAAGUACCCUGAUCAGAGGGUACCCUCAGCUUUCAGACUAGGACCUGAUUUCCUUCCACCUACCACGGCUGGACACCCACCAGAGACCCAUACUGGCAGUCAAAGGCUUCUUCCUUCUUUACACCAGAGCUUCGGAACACCUCUCCAGGCUCAUAAUAUGUGACGACGUCCUAAGUCCUCUGUGCACAUUAGAUUACAGCAUCUGAACAAAACUUCAGAACCAUGACCCGCAUGCAUAUUAUGUAAGGAGAUCAUGCCAAAUGCAAAUCCAAGUAACAGCACAAUUUUUACAACUUUCUUUAUUCAGCCAAUAUAGUGAGAUCUCACAACAGCAGGUAGUGAAAGCUCAUUUUU